UGGAAAAAUAUUUUUAAUCAUUCAUUAAAUAAAAUAAUGGGUAAUUGUGAAACAAGCAACACAGUUAUUGGAGAUCCAUAAUUUUAACAAAUUGGAAGUGGAGAAUAAGCAAGAAACUUUAGCUCUACUUACAAAAGUGAAUAUGUUGAAGUACACGGUAACUUAGCUGUUGUUGAGGAACAAGAAGAAGGAGGUUUAGUUCUUUUAGACGAAACCGCAAAGGAAUAAGACUUAUUAAAAGUUAAGAUUUGUUGUGACACAUUAUAAACAGUAAAAUUAUUCAAUAUUUUAGAGCAUAGGAAUAGGAAUAGUUGAUUUUGAUAUAGUAAAAGAAACUGACUUUUCAGGAAAUUGUAAUUAUGGAUUAGAUCAUGGAAUGUGGAUUGUUUAUUCUGAUAAACGUAAAUUUAUUAUUAUAUUUAUUAGUUGUUGCUGCUUCUAAUGAUGAAAAUCUUGAUAAGAAAUCUUUAGGGAUUGAAGUUCAAAAUGGAGAGAUUAUUGAAUGUAUUAGAAAUGGAAAUGUAUUCAUCAUCAAGAAAUCUGGAGAGAACAAAUAAAUUACAUUCACAUUACCUCCAAAUAAAAAUUAUAGAUUUGCUGCAUAUUUAUUCAGCGGUUGGGAUAGCAAAGAUGCUAAAGUAUCUGAAGCUAGAAUCGAAACAUUAUGAAAUUUAUUCAUAAUUAUUUUU